AUGGCCGCUUCCAGAAGGGUUUUCCUCAAAAGACCGGGAUAUUCCUAUUCUGAUUUGGGGGGCAGGCAAAAUGUCAUCGCGACUGCAUCGUCUAAGCAUCACGAAAAGAUUAAGGAUUAUGGCGCAAAACAUGUCUUCGAUUAUCAAGAAGACAACGUUGUCGGCUCUAUUAUCAAGAUACUGGACUUGGAGAACGCUGUAACCCCCAUUCGAGCAUUUGAUUGCGUGGACUCAAAAUUCGGGUCUUUGCAGCAUAUCGCUAAGAUUGCAACGCUGCCGGGGUCAAUCGUCGCUGCCGUCCUCCCUGUGGUCAUUCGUCCCCCUUCCGAUAGAGCCGGUAUCCUACUUUCGGCUGAUAUUGCUGGAGAGGCCCCUUGGGCGCCUGGCGUGAAAACAUAUAACGUUGUGAGUUACAGCUAUGAAGCGAAUCCUUACUUAAAAAAUCAUUUGCAGCCCGAGAUUGUACCAGGGCUUCUUGCUUCGGGCGCUAUUGAGCCUAACAAGUACCGCGAGAUUAAAGGGGACUCGCUUUUGGAAAGGGCUACCGCCGCUCUGGAUACCAUGAGAAGUGGUACCGUUAGCGGCGAAAGGCUCGUCUGGAAGGUUUGGACUGCAGAGGAAUUUCCGGAGUUCAGAUGA